UAGUAUUUCAUUUCCUUUCUCUCUCAUGCAUCCAUCCAUCCAUCCAUCCAUCAAUCUAAGCUUGGUUUAACCUCUCUCUAAAAUGGCAAUCUUCUGAUAUAUCAAUCAACCAAACCCCUCCUUUUCCCAUUCCCCUUUUAGCUUGGUUUAAUAUUUAUGAUUGUAAGUUUGAUUGCUCCACUGUUUCAAUUCACUCAAAACCCCCCUUCUAUAAAUUCAGCACACACUCUUCCCCUCUUUUCCAACACUCAAACCCUAGAAAGCAUGAAUCCCUCUCUUUGAUCCAUCAAAUCCCAAAUUAGGUCUUCCGAAUUCCAUGGAUUCGUCGCCGUUCCCGGAGGUGGAGAGCUCAAACUCGGAGAACAGCAGCGGCGGCGCCACCGCCUCCUCCUCCGCCGCGCCGUCUUCCGGAUCCGCCACGCUCAGCCGCUACGAGAACCAGAAGCGGCGCGACUGGAACACGUUCGGGCAGUACCUGAAGAACCACCGGCCGCCGCUGUCGCUCAGCCGGUGCAGCGGCGCGCACGUGCUGGAAUUCCUCCGAUACCUCGAUCAGUUCGGGAAGACUAAAGUCCACACCCCAAUCUGCCCGUUUUACGGCCACCCGAACCCCCCCGCCCCCUGCCCCUGCCCGCUCCGCCAGGCCUGGGGCAGCCUCGACGCCCUGAUCGGCCGCCUCCGCGCCGCCUACGAGGAGAACGGAGGCAAGCCGGAGACCAACCCCUUCGGCGCCCGCGCCGUCCGCCUCUACCUCCGCGACGUCCGCGAUCUGCAGUCCAAGGCGAGGGGGAUCAGCUACGAGAAGAAGAAGCGGAAGCGCCCCCCGCAGCAGCAGCAGCAGACCUCCGCCGCAUCACCGCCGCCUCCCGGUGAAGGUUAAGUCAUCCUAUCGGAAAUUAAUCUUUAAUGAUUAAUUAAUUAUCAACCUUUAAAUUUUUAGGGUUAGAUUUGAUCUACUAUGUUGUACUAGUAGUAAUGCUAGCAAAAUAAUUGUUAUAUUAUUAUUAUUAUGGAUUAUGGAUUUGUUUUGGAAUAUGUGAGUGUUAACAGCAAUUUCAGCUUUGAAUGAAUUAAUGGAUGAGUGCUUUUGUCUUUUGCA